UAUGUGCACCAAUUUGAAUAGGUUCCUCUUUUGAGAAAUCGGAAAGAAGGCAGGGACUUUUCCCAUGAGAGCUAUGAAACCACUGUAGCGAGCAUUACAUCUGCCAUUCGGUAACUAUUCUACUAAGGUUAUUUCACUUUGAAUAAGAAGGCUGCACCCUGCAUGACUGGUAUUCGAGACAUUAGAGACAUCAGAAGAAUUGCUCCUGUCCAGAGAACAAAGUAAAGCCUAAAAGAGAUUCACAGGGGCAAGAGAAUGUUUGUCCUUCUCGUCCUUUUGAUCCUUUGUUGGGAUCAGAAUGAUGGCUCCCCUCAAACAAAAGAGAAAUGUAACCGCUGUGUCUGUGAUGAGACCUUUGCAUGUGACUGCUCGUCUUUAAACCUACAAGAGGUCCCCGCCAUCUCUGCAUCUACCAAGAGCCUCGACCUGUCCUUUAAUAAGAUUAAAACUAUAGGAGAGGAUGACUUUGGUGGCUGCACUCAUCUACAGAUACUGAUCCUGAGGAGCAACGUCAUCUCUUCAAUAGCAGAGAAGGGUUUCUCAACUCUCUGCAACUUGGAAGUGUUGGACUUGUCAAACAAUCAGUUAAAUAGUUUAUCUGCAACCUGGUUCAAGAGGCUUUCGUCUCUUAAACAUCUGAAUCUUCUGGGAAAUGGGUAUCGGACACUAGGAAGGGAGCCUCUAUUUGACUCCAUGACAAGCCUCAGCACUCUAAUGAUAGGCAAUCAAUUUCUUGAUUCAGUUAAUGAAAAUACAUUUAUUGGGAUGAAUCAUAGUUGUGUUAGUUUUGUCUUUAAUGGCAGCAAUUUGAUGCACUACCAGCCCGGUAGCUUCAGUCAAAUUACUUGCAUCAAUGAAGUAACUGUUAGCAUCAAUGGUACAUUUCACAGAAACAUGACCCUCACAGCAGAAAUCCUCCAAGACCUUUCACGCCCAGAAACAAAACUUAUCUUGUCAGAUUUAACUAUUGCCAGGGAGUUGUUGGUACCUUUUGGAGACAUCUUCGGAAGGGGCCUCAGGAAGAUCCUUCUGAGAAAUCUGAUUUGCAGCACUGACACCAUACUCUCCUUGUUCUGGAUGACCCAACAUUCUAAAUUGACUUUUAUUGGAUUGGAAGAUUGUGAGUUUUAUGGAAAUCCCUAUCAAGCAAUAUAUUUCCCCAACCUUGACUUUGUAACUGAAAUUUAUAUAAACAAUGUAAAGCUAGAUGAGUUCUACAACUUUCCAGCAUUCCAUGGCUUUAUCCCACUGCAAAAACUCCUAAUGACUGUGAAAAGAAUAGCUUUAAUUGAUAGCAAUGUGUUUGCAAUGCCAUGGCAAACAUCUGUUUUUCUUUGCAAGGUUGAAUAUAUGGAUUUGAGCAAAAAUCAACUCACUGAUUUAACACUACGGGAAGCUCUUUGCUAUCAGAAAACAUUUAUCCCCCUGCCCUCUAUUAAGACAUUUAAUAUCAGCAGUAAUUACAUCCGUUCCUUUGACCACAUCCUGAUUGACCUCAUCAAUAGAAUGAAGCAGCUGACUGCCCUAGAUAUGAGUCUGAAUGUGUUUCACAGCAUGCCCCUAUGCAACUGUACAUGGCCACAGGCUCUCCGCUAUCUCAAUCUCUCCUCCUGUCAGCUGAGGAAAGUAACAGCAUGUCUCCCCGCAACUCUGCAUGUUCUGGACUUGAGCAACAAUGACCUGACCACAUUCGAUCUCAGUAAUAUGACACAUUUAAAAGAGCUUCAUCUGUCUGGAAACAGACUGAGGGCCAUACCAGGUGGAAUGCAUUUUGCCCACCUGGAAGUGCUACUGGUCAAGGGGAACCCUUUCCCAUCCUUUGAUAGCAAACAAUUGAGCAACUACAGCAGUCUUCGGGCAGUGGAGGCAGGCACAGACACCUAUGUGUGCUCUUGUGAAUUUGUAUAUUUCUUCAAAUAUGAACUUCACCACUUGAACUUCAGUCUAAAAGACAGGAGGCAGACUUACAUUUGCGACUCGCCAUUUGCAAUGCGAGGAAAAGCAGUCGAUGCCGCCAAACUUUCUGUGUUUGAAUGCCAAGCACCUUUGACCUUCUCUAUCCUGUGUGCCACUGUGCUCGUGCUCGUCAUCGGUGGCAUGGUUUUGUGCCACAAGCUUCACGUCAUAUGGUAUGUACAGAUGACAUGGGCAUGGGUGCAAGCCAAGCGGAGACCGGUGCCAAGUAAGGAUCAAGUGUGUUACGAUGCAUUUGUGUCCUACAGUGAGAUGGAUGCAGAGUGGGUGGAGGAACUGCUCGUGCCCCAACUGGAGGGUGCUGAGCCACCGUUCCGCCUCUGUCUGCACAAGCGAGACUUUUUGCCCGGGGGCUGGAUUGCAGACAGCAUCAUGGCAGCCAUAGAGAAGAGUCACAGGACUCUGUUCAUAGUUUCUCAGCACUUUGUCCAAAGUGACUGGUGCCGCUAUGAGUUGGACUACUCCCACUUCCGCCUGUUUGACGCAGGAAGUGAUGCAGCCAUCCUCAUCCUUCUGGAACCCAUCCCCGACUCCACAAUCCCCAAAAGGUUCUGCAAGCUGCGCAAGGUCAUGAACUCGAGAACCUAUCUGGAAUGGCCAGAGGAGGACAGCGACAAACCCAGAUUCUGGCAAUCUCUCAGAGACACUUUGUGUUCACGUUAGUCAUCUUUGGUUGGUUUUCAAGUAUUGCAAAGAUUUGACUACAACUGCUACAAUUUUGUCUUAACUAUGCAAAUGCAAUGAAAUGAAAUGAAAAUGUGCUUUGUACAUAGAGAGCAUUGGUGUAUAUACAGCAGGGGUGGGGAACCUAUGUCUCGAGGGCCGUUCAUGGCCCUUGAGGCCUUUUUAUCCGGCCCCCGAUAUAAUUUUAAUGUUAUGCUGCGUCACAUGAAAUGUGACAUGUUUUGUAAAGGAAUCUUAGCAAUUACAUUUGCAAUACAAUUAAGUUACAUUUCAGGGGGCCUAGAGAAGGUGGGGUCGGUUUUAAAGGUGGCUUCCUUCAAUAUAGGCCAAAAGUGCACGGGGAAAGCCUGGUUUGUGUUCAUAGUACGGCCCUUGGAGAACUUUUACAGCCCUUGGAGGAAUUUGAAGUGGCUCCUCGAAUGAAAAAGGUUCCCCUACUCUGAUAUACAGUACGCUCAGUAGCUGCUCUGAUUGCUCUGAUUUUGUCUGCGCUGAUUUGGAUA